AUGCUAUCCUCUACUAGAAUCGCAGCUCGUCGAGCUUGCCUUGUCAACAACACAGUUCUGCGAGCUGCCUCCACCUGGGCCAAGGUCCCUCAGGGUCCUCCUGUGAGUAUCACCGAGGCAUUCAAGGCCGACAGCUUCGAGAAGAAGAUCAACCUGGGUGUUGGAGCCUACCGUGAUGACAAGGGAAAGCCAUACGUUCUGCCCUCCGUCCGCAAGGCCGAGGACAAAGUUGUCAGUUCCAACCUGAACAAAGAGUACGCCGGCAUUACUGGUGUCCCCGAGUUCACCUCGGCCGCCGCCAAGCUGGCCUAUGGAAAGGACAGCUCCGCCCUCAGCCGUACCGCCAUCACGCAGUCCAUCUCCGGCACUGGUGCCCUGCGCAUCGGUGGAGCUUUCCUCUCCCGUUUCUACCCUGGCGCCAAGACAAUUUACAUCCCCACGCCCUCCUGGGCCAAUCAUGCCGCUGUGUUCAAGGACUCGGGCCUGACGGUCGAGAAGUACCGUUAUUAUAACAAGGACACAAUCGGCCUCGACUUUGAUGGCAUGGUGGCCGACAUCAAGGCGGCGCCCCAGGGCAGCAUCUUUCUUCUGCACGCCUGCGCUCACAACCCCACCGGUGUCGACCCCACCCCCGACCAGUGGAAGGCCAUCGAGGCUGCCGUCCGCGAGGGCGAGCACUACGCCUUCUUCGACAUGGCCUACCAGGGCUUCGCCAGCGGUGACAUCAACCAGGACGCCUUUGCCCUGCGCUACUUUGUCGAGAAGGGCCACAACCCCUGCCUGGCCCAGUCGUUCGCCAAGAACAUGGGUCUGUACGGCGAGCGCACCGGUGCCUUCUCCGUCGUCUGCGAAUCUGCCGAGGAGAAGAAGCGUGUCGACUCCCAGAUCAAGAUCCUGGUCCGCCCCCUAUACUCCAACCCCCCCAUCCACGGUGCUCGCAUCGCCGCCGAGAUCCUGAACAACCCGGACCUGUACAACGAGUGGCUGGUCGAGGUCAAGGGCAUGGCCGACCGCAUCAUCAAGAUGCGUGCUCUCCUCAAGGAGAACCUGGAGAAGCUCGGCUCCAAGCAUGACUGGUCCCACAUCACCAGCCAAAUCGGCAUGUUCGCCUACACCGGCCUGACUCCCGAGCAGAUGGACGUGCUGGCCAAGGAGCACUCUGUCUACGCCACCAAGGACGGCCGUAUUUCUGUUGCCGGCAUCACCAGCGACAACGUCGGCCGCCUGGCUCAGGCCAUCUACGCCGUCAAGGGCUAGAGAUACGACGGACAAUGGAAGCUUCCUCCUUUGGGUGAUUUGAAUAGAAAAAUUUGGAUGUGGAUCGGCCAAGGGACUGGGCCCUCUGCAUAGAAAGUCGUGCUUUUACUACUGAACCGGCGUGUACAAAAACUCGGUGCAUCAUGGGGCGCGGAAAGAGGGCAUGAUAGAUGUUGAACGAACGUCGCACGAACAACAGGUCUAGACGGCAAUACCGUGAGAAGAAUCAAAGAAACAUACACACCUG